CGUGGCUCCCUGGUGCAGGCCUCUUAGUGAGGGCUCUUUGCCAUGGGAUCUGUGCUGUUGUUGCUGCUGCUUUUGCUGGUGGCUGCCCACCCGGGAGGUGGGAGAGUGCAGGGGCCCCAGGAUGAGCAGGUGCCGGGCCUGAAGGGCAGCCCUCCUGCGCCCGUGGGGACCUCAGCAAAUUUCCAGGUACAUAUAAGCCCGGAGUUGGUGGCUGUACCACCAGGGGAUUCAGUGUGGCUUAACUGUAGUCAUAACUGCCCCCUACCGGGGAGGUCCAGUCUCCACACCCAGCUGCGGCAGGGCCAGAAGGUCAGUAGACCGGGUUGGGUAUCCUACCAGCUGCUGGAUGUGAGAGCCUGGAGCUCCAUCGUACGCUGCUUGGUCACCUGCGCAGGAGAAACGCGUGAGGCCACCGCCAGGAUCAACGCCUACAAACCGCCGCGCAGUGUGAUCCUGGAGCCUCCGGUCCUAGAGGGCCGCAUGUACACUCUGCGCUGCCACGUUACGCACGUGUUCCCCGUGGGCUUCAUGGUGGUGACCCUGAGGCGCAAGGGCCGGGUCAUCUACUUUGAAAGACUGGAGCGCUUCACCGGUCUGGAUCUGGCCAAUGUGACCCUGACCCAUGUGUUGCGGGCUGGGCCCCAGGAUCUCUGGCAGCCUUUGACCUGCCAUGCGCGCCUCAAUCUCGACGGUCUGAUAGUUCGAAGCAGCUCAGCACCCGUUAUGCUGACCUUCCUAGACUGGAGUCCCGUCUCCAUAGCCUUGGCCUCCACCUCCAUCGUCAUCCUGAUGGGUAUCCUUCUUGCCGUGGGGGCUGCUUACCUGCGCAAGUACCUGGUCACGCAGUUGCCGGCAUAGAUGGGUGUUCUAUGCCAGCUAAGCGGGAGGAAAAUGAAUUGAGGAACAAUUUGGAAAACCCUACUCGGAUCAAUAAAGACGUCUUCAGUCAGCCUCUA